AUGGUCGAUCAGAGGAAUCCUGAAAAUAUAUCCUAUGAAUGCCAAAUGGAAAAAACUCUACAAAAAUUGCAUGAUGUUGUACAGUUGAGACAAAAAUUACUUCUUGAACGUGCUACAUUAAAAUCUCAACUUGACAAAUUAUUACAAAGAUCUGUAAAUGAUGUAGAUCUUAUUGUUGGUGAUGACGAUGAUUAUGAUGAUGUUGAUGUUGAUGGUGGUGGUAGUAGUACCGGUGGUGGUGGUGUUGGACAAACACAAUCAAGCAAUUGUCAACUACAUGAGACUGAAGAUUCUAAGUCUAAAGAAACUGUAAAACAAAUUCGUUCAAAAAUUAAAGAAUUAGAAAAACGUUGUGCAUUACAAUUAUUAAGACAUGAGGAAAUUUUAUUAGAAAUUGAAGAUGUACGUAAGCGUAGUUGUAUCCAAUCCAAUAAUUCAUCAAUGAUGAUGGCAACAACAACAACAACAACAACAACAAUGAAUUCUAUAAAAAAUCAAUUACAUAAUGAUAUUGAUUCAAUUAAUCAAUCAACAUCAUCAACAUCUUCUUUAAUCAAUAAUAAUAAUAAAGUUUAUGGACGGUUAUUACAAUUAGGCCAACCGAAUAAAUUGAAACAAGAUUAUAUACAAUCUUAUGAAAUGGAUUCAUCAUUAUUAUUAGAUCCAUCAUCUUCGACAUUAGAUAUAAUAGGAUUAAAUAAACAAAUGAAUAAUAAUAAACAAGUUAAAGGUAGAUUAUUUCGUAGUAAUACUGAUCUACAAAUACCCGAAGGUGAUGAUCCAAAUUUAGUCGAACUAUUUCAAGUUAUUGAAGAAUCUAACAAAUCAACCGAUGUUCCAGCACCAAGAAUGAUAACAUUAGAACGUCAGCUAUUUCAAAGUGUAUUAAUUAGUUGGAAAUCACCAGAAUUAAAUUCAAUGAAUGAAAAUAAAAUUGUAUCUGCAUAUCAUAUUUAUGUAGAUGGGCAAUUUCGUUUAGCUGUUAUGGCUAAAGAAAAAACUCGUGCACUCAUUGAUAAUGUGGAUGCUGAUAAACCUCAUCGAAUUUCAAUUCGAUCUAUUUCUUCACAUGGUCAAUCUAAAGAUGCACAAUGUACAUUAGUUGUAGGUCGUGGUAUGACUGCUACACCAGCUCGAUUAAAAGCUACACAAAUUGGUACUAAAUCAGCUAAAUUAAGUUGGAUUCCAGGAAAUAGUAAUUAUUAUCAUCGAGUUUACUUAAAUGAAACUUCAUUACAUGUAUGCAAACCUGGUGUAUAUAAACUGCACUUAACUGAUCUACCACCAGAUACUUUGCAUCAAGUAUGUGUUCAAGCUUUGCCAUCACCAAUUAGUGUACAAGAAUCAGCUCAGCAAUCUCCACCUUGGAUUAAUACUGCCUGGAGUGGUGUACAUACACAGAAACUAGCUGCUUUUAUCGAAUUUCGUACAUUACCUAUAGGCUUACCAGAUCCUCCAAGUCAUGUACAAAUUGAGGCUGGACCUCAAGAUGGCAUGCUACUUAUCACAUGGCUUCCAGUCCCACAAGAUAAAAAUGCAGUAGAAGCUGUUACAGCUGCCGGUGCUAGUAGUAGUUUACCAGUACAAGGAUAUACUGUUUGUUUGAAUGGUCAAGCAAUUAUGGAAAUGAAGGGAGCUUCAAGAGAUCAUGCUAUAUUGAAAUUAUCUACAAUUAGAGAUCAUAUUCAAAGAUUAUUCAAUAAUUGUACUCAAUCAUCAAUCGAUAUUUAUGGUAAUAAUGAUAAUAGUUCAAAUAAAUUUUCAACUACAUCACCAUCAAUUAUAGAAUUAUAUAUAACUGUACAUUCAACAAUUCCUACAGAAUUAUCAUCUAAAGAAGAAAUAAAUACAGUUAAAGAAUGUACAUUAUUAAAAGGUUCAGAAGGUCCUGCAUCGAAACCAAUACAUUUAACUGCAUGUUUAUUAAUUAUGGCAGCUGGUUCACUUGAAACAGCUUAUAAAGUAUUUGGUCCUAAUCUUGCAACUAAACUUGGUAUAAAUGAAAAUACAGCUAAACUAGCUGGUGUAUCUUUAUCACUUGAUGGUUUACAAGAGACAACUACACGUGCAAAUAAUCAAAACGUGGAAAAUAUCAAUUCAGAUGAAGAUCAUGGAUUAUUAGUUGUAUCAGCUGAAAGUGUUGUACGUAAACCUAGUCCAACAGCUGAUGCUUUAGGUUCAGCUGAAUAUUAUUCUGGCCAUGUUAAUCCUCAUGAAAAUCUCUCAUUACCGGAAAUUCAAAUAACACGGAAUAGUAGCUUAUCAGACAAUGAACCUCAAUUCCAAGCAAAUGAUCACUAUCAACAACAGUCACGAUAUUCCUACCAGGAUUUUCGUGGACCAACUAGACCUAUUCGAUCUCGUUUUAUGGAUACCAGACGACAUGGUUCAUAUGAUCCACAGAUGAGCGUUUCUAACUUCUCAGUAACACGUCAUGAUCCUGACUAUCCACGUCCUGUAAUACCAUCAGAUACAUAUACAUCUGGACCGAAGAGACCGUUUCAUUAUAACAUACCAUCACCAGCAUCCGGUCCAAUACCUCAACAUGAAUACAGACCUUCAUUUAAUCAAGUCAACAUGAAAAACUGUAGAUCAGGCGAUCAAGGAAGUGGUUUAAGACAAGCAGUUGGAUCACAAUAUUCACGAUCAAGCAAAUCAUUUAUACAAAAUGAACAACAAUAUGGCAGAAAUCAAAGAAACAUUAAUGAUGAUUAUUCAAAUCGAAUGGGCCAUGGUGAAUUGAAACCAAUACAAGUUGUAGUAGCCUUAUAUGAUUAUGAUCCAACUACUAUGUCACCAAAUAUUGACGGUGCACAAGAAGAACUACCAUUUCGAGAAGGACAACUUAUCAAGAUUCUUACUGAAUGUGAUGAAGAUGGAUUUUAUCUUGGUGAAUGUAAUGGUCUACGUGGAUUAGUUCCAUCAAAUAUGGUUUCUGAAUUACAAUCACAUUCAUUAAGACCACAAAAACUUAAUCAUUCAAUAGAUUCUCAUUCAAAUCUAAUAGAUAUGAAUCAACAACCAUCAGAUCAACUUAAUAAAACUUAUUCAACUGAUAUUAAUUUACAUGGACAAAUGAAUUCACCAACUCAUAAUUAUUAUACAACUAAAAAAUAUGAUGCAUUAAUUUCACAAACUAAUUCUGUUCCUCGAAAUAUAGAUUUUAUGAAUGAACAUUCAUAUCAUCCACAAAUGGCAAUACCUGAUUAUAUUGAACUAAAAGAUUUACAACCUAAUGAAUUAGAACAAGAUCGUAAUCUUCAUUAUUCUCAAUCUCAAACAAAACAUACUACUGCCACUGCUGCUACUACUACUGUUACUACUACUAAUACUACUACUGAAUUAAGUCAAAAUACAAUGAAUCAAAUCAUACCAAGUAAAUUAGAUACAUUACAUCAUAAACCACCAAUGGAAUCAAUACAACAACAAAUGAAUCAACAAUCAAAAAUUAUGAUUGCUAUUUAUGAUUAUGAUCCACAUAUAUUAAGUCCUAAUCCAGAUAUUGAUGCUGAAUUAUCCUUUCGAGCAGGUGAACAAAUUCUCAUUUAUGGUAAUAUGGAUGAUGAUGGAUUUUAUUAUGGUGAAACAAAAGAUGGUCGUCGUGGUCUUGUGCCUUCAAAUUUUUUAAAUUCUUAUAACAAUGAAAUUCAUUAUUUAAAUAAACAAAAAAAUUUUACAAAUUUACAUGAUUAUGAUCAAGAGAAAAUACAAAAUCAUAAAGAUCAAUCAUAUUCAAUGGAUCCAUUAAUUCGAAUAUCAAAUCGAACAAAUUCAUCACAAUUAUAUAAUAAUAAUAAUACAAAUUAUGUUAGAAAUACGAGAUCAGAACCAAAUUCUGAUCGAACUAAACUUGUGCAUAAUACACGAUCCAGUUCACCUUGUACACAAACAAGAUCAUAUACUACUUCUAAUAAUGAUGCUGUAAUAAAUACAAACAUCAAUUCAACUAAUUAUCAUCGAGAUGAAUUACCUAUGAAUGAUAUGGAACGUUUUCCAGAGAAUGAAGAAAAUCCAAUAAUUGUAAUGGAUUUAAAUCCGAUAUCAAACAAUUCACAUAGGAAAGGUAAGUCAAAUAAAGAUUAUGAUACAACUUAUAUGAAUCAACGUGAUACUGAUGUUACUGAUAACUACAUAGCAACAACUGGUCCUAAUUAUACACAACGAAGACGUUCAACAAUACGAAGUUUAUUUAAACGAGAAUAA